AUGGCGAGCGUAUCUUCUUCUUCAGAGGAAUACAAGAAACUCGUAAACGAGAUUACCAAAGGGAAAGAAAAAGUGAAACAUCUAAAAGAAUCUUCUUCCAAAAUCGGAGAUAGUGUUUUAGAGAGUAAGUUGGUCUCGUACGAGGAGGCUCUAUCCCUUCUUAAACUAUUUGCUCCACAAGGACAAUGUCAGUACAACGUUGUGUCAUCCUCGUCAGACGAAAGCGCACGGGUGACAGUGAGACCUAAGGUACCAUCCGAAGAAUUCGACGAUGGAUUCAGUUGGAGGAAGUACGGCCGAGAAUAUAUAUUUGCUCCCCUUCUCACAAGAACCUAUUACAGAUGUAUAGAUCAUGUGAGGGAAGGUUGUAUGGCUAUGAAAGAAGUGCGUAUGUCAUCAUAUGAGCCGAAUGCAAUUGAUAUCACAUACAGAGGGAAGCAUACAUGCCUGAGGUCGGCACCUGUACCACUCGAACAAGUCCUCGGGAUUUGA